AGAAAAGCAAAAAAAGUUUUCUCUAUUCUUCUUCCGAUGUAUCAAUUCUUCUUUUUCUUUCUUACAAUCUUCCAAAGUUAUUACUAUGUCUCUGCUCAGCCUCUUGCUCCUCCGCUCACUAACGGCGACCUCGUCGCAAAUUUCGAGCCGAGUUUAGCCAUCGUCACUGGAGUUCUCGCCAUCAUGUUCGCACUCACUUUCGUCAUCCUCGUCUACGCUAAGUGCUGCCACAUCGACUUCCUAUCAGGCUCCGGCGACCUAAGGCGUCAAGAUCGCCGGAUCCGACAAGGGUUUAUCUUCAACAGAUCAACUAACUCCUCUGAUCGAUUCUCCGGUCUGGAGAAGACAGCAAUCGAGUCACUUCCUAUGUUUAGAUUCUCUUCUUUGAAAGGAUCUAAACAAGGCCUUGAGUGUUCUGUCUGUUUGUCUAAAUUCGAAAGCGUCGAGAUUCUUAGGUUGUUGCCUAAAUGUCGUCAUGCUUUCCACAUCGGAUGCAUCGAUCAGUGGCUUGAGCAGCACGCAACGUGUCCUCUCUGCAGAAACAGAGUCUCAAUAGAAGAGGAAACUUCUGUUUACGGAAGCAGUUUCCGGUUCUUGAAUCUCUCUGAGGUAAGAGAAGAUUCGAGCUUGGAGCUUUACAUAGAGAGAGAAGAAGAAGAAGAGGAGAGAAGAAGACAGAGAGAGGAAGUUGGUAGCUCAUCGAGGUUCAGCAUCGGGGGGAGUUUCAGGAAGAUUCUUAAAUUAGGUCAUAAAGAGAAACCCUUACUUGAACAACAAGGAAAUGAUAAAGAGGAGAACAAGUUGAUGCAUAAGUUCAAUCAUAGGAUCUUUGUGUCCGAUGUAAUGUUCAAGAAUCGUUGGAGCAACGUGAGUUCUUCAGAUUUGAUGUUUUUGAAUUCGGAGAUGGUUAGUUCGAUCUCCAGCGAGAGAUUCUCAUUUAAGAGAAGGGAUGAAGAGGAGGAUCAAAGAGGUAUCUUGGGGAUCAAGGAAGAGAUGGAGAACAAGUUGAGUUCGAUGAAAACUAUGUUGUUGUCGGAAAGCAAAGACUCUGGUUCGAAAUCAAGAAGCCUUAUGAUCGAGACGGGAAGACGAUCGGUCUCUGAGAUCACUACGGUUCCUAGACUCAGUAUUGUGGUUCAUGGAGACAGCAGCGGUUCAACCGCAGCAACUGCGUCGGCGUUAGAAAACGGAGAGGAGAGAAGACGGCGUUUGUGGCUGCCGAUCGCUGGAAAAACCGCUCAAUGGUUUGCUAAUAGAGAAAAAAGAAAUCAAAUCAAUACAACAUACCAACACUUUAAUGUUUAGUUUAUUUAUUUUUCUUCAAGAACUAUAAUUUUUCUUACAUACUUGUUAUUUGAUUUAUGUUUUAAACAAAAAGAUAUUGUUACACAUGUUAGUUAGAUCAAAAGAAGAUGAUUUGUGUAUAUAAGAUAAAUUUAUAUAUAAAGAAAG